GCCAUCAACAUGAAGACCUGGACUUUAACUUUAGCGGUUGUUUUCCUGGCCAGCUGCUGCUGGGCUGCUCCUGCUACCCAGGAACGGAUUGAAACCGAUCCCGAGCUGACAGCGGGCUACAUUGAGGGCGACAUGGUGCCCAGUCCCGAGGGAAGAAAUGGUCUUCGAAACGAAACCUACAGGUGGCCCAAUCGCAUUGUCUACUACCACAUCAAUCGGGAUAUUGACACCGAGCACCGCAACCACAUUCUGCGAGGCAUUCGCAUUAUCGAGCAAAGUUCCUGCUUGGUUUUCAAGGAGGCCACCACUGAUCAGGAGUACUAUGUGAAUGUCACCUCGGAGUCUGGUGGAUGUUACUCGUAUGUGGGCUACCGCAACCGGGUUCAGCAGCUGAAUCUGCAGAACUAUGCCCUGGAUACUGGUUGCUUCCGUCUGGGAACAAUUGUCCACGAGUUCCUUCAUGCCCUGGGCUUCUACCAUCAGCAGAGCACAUGGAACCGCGAUGACUACGUGCGAAUCGCUGAGGAGAACAUCACGGAGGGCACCGAGGGAAACUUCAACAAGUACGACAACGAAACCGUCGAGGACUACGGCGAACCCUAUGACUACUCCAGUGUGCUGCACUACACGGCGUAUGCGUUCUCUAAGAACGGGGAGAUGACCAUUGUGCCGCUGCAGGAAGGCGCCGAGGAGCUGAUGGGUCAGCGCUUGCAAAUGACCCAGUCCGAUAUUAACAAGCUGAAUGUCAUGUACAAGUGCCCCAGGCAGGUGUAAUGAGUAUAAAAAGUUAUUACACUAAAUACAGAGCUAUUAUACCUAA